AUGUCUUCUUGCGCCUCUUUGAUUUUCCUUUUCCUUUUCACCUUCCUCCCUAGCUUCAAAGCUUCUGUUAGAGAUCCUAUUUUCCUAUACGGGUUUUGUCCAAAUACGACAACAUUCUCCAGAAACAGCACUUACUUCACCAAUCUCAAAACCCUUUUGUCCUCUCUCUCUUCCCCAAACGCCUCAUACUCCACCGGAUUCCAAAACGCCACAGCCGGAAAAUCCCCCGACAGGGUCACCGGACUUUUCCUCUGCCGCGGAAGCCUCUCCCCUGAAGCUUGCCGUAACUGCGUCGCCUUUUCCGUCAACGACACCUCAAUUAAGUGUCCGAAUGAGAGGGAAGCCGUGCUCUUUUACGAAGAGUGCAUGCUCAGAUACUCUCACCAGAAUAUUCUCUCGACCGUUACAUACUAUGGAGGAUACAUCCUGAUGAAUGCCCAUAACAUUUCAUGUAAUGAAGCAGACCGGUUCGGAGAUUUGGUGUCGUCCACGAUGAAUCAAGCUGCCCUUGAAGCGGCGACCAGUCCUAGAAAAUUCUCCACGAUAAAGGCCAACUGGACCGCACUCACGAGUCUGUACGGGCUGGCUCAGUGCACUCCUGAUCUUAGAAAACAAGACUGCUUGAGAUGUCUUUAUCGAUCCAUCUAUCGAAUGCCUCUUAACAGAGUUGGAGGAAGACUUCUAUGGCCAAGCUGUAGUGCAAGGUACGAACUUUACUCAUUCUACAACGAAACCGCCGUUAGAACACCAUCACAACAACCACCGCCACCAGGACAACAGCCUACCAACGUCUCUACUUCUCCGGUGUCGUCUACUCCACGACCUGGGAAAGGUGGGAAUUCAAACGUAUUAGUAGUAGCCAUCGUUGUGGCUAUUAUAGUUAUUGUUCUGCUUUUCACAGCUGGCUACUGUUUCCUUGCAAAGUGGGCAAAGAAGACUUCUGAUAUUGCACCAGCUUUUCAUGGAGACGAUAUAACAACGGUAGAGUCGCUGCAACUUGAGUAUAGAACAAUUCAAGCUGCAACAAAUGAUUUUUCAGAGAGUAAUAAGAUUGGUCAAGGUGGAUUUGGUGAGGUUUACAAGGUACUAUACAUCACUAUUAAUUUAAUUAAUUUGCAUGCGCCUGAGGUUGUUUGUAUCAACACAUCAUUUGAUAACGAGAUGAAAACGGAUAGGGUACAUUUUCGGAUGGGACUGAAGUUGCGGUUAAGAGACUGUCAAAAACAUCCAGGACAAGGUGACACAGAAUUCAAGAACGAGGUUGUUGUUGUUGCAAAGCUUCAACACAGAAAUCUUGUUAGGCUUCUCGGAUUUUCUCUACAAGGAGAAGAAAGGGUGUUGGUGUACGAGUAUGUGCUUAACAAAAGCCUUGAUUACUUCCUCUCUGACCCUGCCAAGCAAGGUCAACUGGACUGGCAGACUCGACGAUACAAGAUCAUUGAAGGGAUUACUCGGGGGAUUCUAUAUCUUCAUCAAGAUUCACGGCUCACGGUCAUACACCGUGACCUCAAAGCAAGUAACAUUCUCUUGGAUGCUGACAUGAAUCCGAAAAUCACUGAUUUUGGAAUGGCAAGGAUCUUUGGAAUGGACCAAACACAAGAGAACACAAGCAGAAUAGUUGGUACCUACGGAUACAUCUCACCGGAAUAUGCGAUGCAUGGUCAAUUUUCAAUGAAAUCUGAUGUCUAUAGCUUCGGAGUAUUAGUUCUUGAGAUUAUAAGCGGCAAGAAGAAUAGUAGCUUCUACGAGACAGAUGAUGUACAUGAUGACUUGGUCACAUAUGCAUGGAGACUUUGGAGUAACGGUACAGGGUUAGACCUCGUGGAUCCAAUUAUUGUAGAUAAUUGCCAGAGGAAUGAAGUUGUUCGAUGCAUCCAUAUCGGUCUUUUAUGUGUUCAAGAAGAUCCUGUUGAUCGUCCGACCUUUUCAACCAUUAUUGUGAUGCUCACUAGUAAUACUGUGACACUACCAGUGCCUCAGCAACCCGGAUUUUUCGUUCAGAGUAGACCAGAGAGAGACCCGCUUGAUACAACAGAUCAGUCUACUACAACCAAGUCUUUUGCAACGUCUGUUGACGAUUCAUCCAUCACUGAUUUAUACCCUCGUUGA